AUGUCUUCAUCGUAUGCCAAGCUUGUGAAGGGGGCGACCAAGAUAAAGAUGGCUCCCCCAAAACAAAAAUACGUGGACCCCAUUCUCAUGGGCACUUCGAACCCCCGUGACUUCCAAGAGAUUACAGACGCCUUGGACGUAAGGUUGUCAGAUACGGCGUGGACCAUUGUGUAUAAGGCGCUGGUUGUGAUACACCUAAUGAUCCAGCAAGGCGAAAAAGACGUUACGCUAAGGCACUAUUCUCAUAACCUGAGCGUGUUCCAGUUAAGGAAAAUCUCGCAUACUUCUAAAUGGUCUUCCAACGAUAUGAAGGCGCUGCAGAAGUACGAUGAUUACUUGAAGAUCCGUUGUGAGGAGUAUGGGAGGCUACGUAUGGACCACGUACGAGACAACUAUUCCUCGUUAAAAUUGGGCAGUAGAGACCAACUUACCAUGGAUGAAGAGUUGGACCAUGUAGAGUCGUUAGAAAUCCAAAUAAAUGCUUUAAUAAGAAACCGAUACUCUACUCCGGAUCUGGAAAACCACUUGCUACUGUAUGCGUUCCAAUUGCUAGUGCAAGAUCUGUUAGCGUUAUACAACGCCCUCAACGAAGGGGUUAUUACACUAUUGGAAUCAUUCUUUGAACUAUCCGUCGAGCAUGCCAAGAGAACGCUGGAUCUUUACAAGGAUUUUGUGGACAUGACAGAGUACGUGGUAAGAUAUUUGAAGGUAGGUAAAGCCGUCGGUUUGAAAAUUCCCGUGAUCAAGCAUAUCACCACAAAAUUGAUUAAAUCUCUGGAAGACCACUUGAGGGAGGAAACAAAAAGACAGAGAGGUGAGCCUCUUCAACAACAACAAGACAGGAAGCCAUCUUCUACCGUUAGCAAUACAACCAAUUACGAUAGCAACACUGGUAAUAGAUCCAUAGCGCAACAGAAGCUGGAACAGAUAAGGGAACAAAAGAAGCUUUUGGAGCAACAACUACAACAGCAACAACUGCUGAUUUCUCCUACCGUUCCGCAAGAUGCGCACAACCCGUUUGGCUCGCAACAACAAGAUGUAAAUAAUGAUACUUUUUCUUUCGAGCCAGCACAACCUCAACUGGCCGCCCAAAUCCCACAACAAACCGGUAACCCAUUCUUGAUACAACAACAGCAACAGCAACAACAGCAACAGCWACAGCAACAGCAACAGCAACAGCAACAGCUACAGCAACAGCAACAGCAACAGCAACAGCUACAGCUACAGCAACAGCAACAGCAACAACAACAACAACAGCAACAGCAACCAGUCCAAUUGGCCGGCGCACCCACGAUGCUGCAACAAGCGCAGGUACCAGUAGCAUCGAAUUUGAAUGGCCAGCAAACUGGGAUGUAUGCUUCCAAUCUCCAGUAUACCCCAAAUUUCACUGGGUCAGGAUUUGGUGGCUAUACAACUAUCGAUAGCAACCCAAUGGCAAACACCAUGGAGCCGACGAAAACAGGCUCUAACAAUCCGUUUUCGUUGGAGAAUAUAGUAAGAGAACAACAAAAACAGCCUAAUGAAUCCCCGAACCCAUUUACGUUGCAGCAAGCUCAGACUACCCCGAUUCUUGCUCAACAUCAAACAGGUAACCCAUUUCAAGCACAAAACAUGAUGACAGCACCAAUGGGGACAUACAUGACUGGUUCACCGGCUGGGCAAGUUCAGUAUGCUUCCACCGGUAUACAGCAACAACAAGCUAUGCAAGACCAACAGACUGGGUAUGUCAUGAUCCCGACCGCGUUUGUACCCAUUCAACAACAACAGCAACAACAACAACAACAUCAACAAGAAAAUUCGAAUUUAAUAGAUAUAUAA